UAGUGUGUCUGCUAUGUUACCAAACCUGGACACUGAAUCCAACUUUUUGUACGUACAGCAAUCGGAAUCAAACCAAAUGUUGCUACAGAAUUCCAAAGUUAAGAUGGAGUUCCCAUUUGAAGCUGCCUAUGAGGAACUGUGUCCAAUUUGUGGAGAUAAAGUUUCGGGAUAUCACUAUGGUCUUCUGACUUGCGAAAGUUGUAAGGGGUUUUUUAAACGCACAGUUCAGAAUAACAAACGCUACACCUGUGUGGAAAACCAGAGCUGUCAAAUUGACAAAACCCAGAGGAAACGGUGCCCUUACUGUCGGUUCCAAAAAUGCUUGACUGUUGGAAUGAAGCUGGAAGCUGUACGAGCAGAUCGCAUGAGAGGUGGUCGGAAUAAGUUUGGGCCCCUGUACAAACAAGACAGGGCGCUGAAACAGCAAAAGAAGGCCCUCAUUCACAGCAAUGGAAUCAAACUGGACCCUGCCUCCUACAUGGUGCAGAGCUUACCAAAGGACCUCAGCUCUCCCGUCGCCAGCGAGAGCCUACAUUCUCCAUCCAAGUGCCUUUCCUUGAGCUACAACAGCCUAUCAUCAGCAGCGGGAGAUUACGAGAACAGUGCAGCCAGCACUUUGCCAGUCAACGUGCCCUUCGCCCCACACGGCACCAUGCCAGGCUACCACCUGUGCAGCCCCUUCCCGAGCUGUCACAUCAAGUCAGAACACAUGGACCCCAGAUACGCGGGCUCACCAGAGCCGAUGCUCAGCAGCCUGUACCUAGAGACCUACAGGCCCAAUCCAUCGGCAGCUGUGCCCCAGCUGAUCCAGGAGUUGGUGAAGUGUGAACCAGAUGAGGCACAGGUCCAGGCAAAGAUCUUAAGCUACCUCCAGCAAGAGCAGACUGCCAGGGGGAAGCACGAGAGGCUCAAUACAUUUGGAAUCAUGUGCAAACUGGCUGACCAAACCUUGUUCUCAUUGGUGGAAUGGGCCAGGAGUAGUAUAUACUUCAAGGAGCUGAAGGUGGAUGACCAGAUGAAACUUCUCCAGAACUGCUGGAGCGAACUUCUGGUCAUGGACCAUAUCUAUCGGCAAGUGGCCCAUGGGAAGGAGUCAAGUGUCCUCCUGGUAACGGGGCAACAGAUUGAUCUGUCAACCAUCACUUCCCAAUCAGGAGCCACGCUGAAUAACCUGGUGACCCGCACGCAGGAGCUGGUCACUAAACUUCGCUCUCUGCACACUGACCGGCAUGAGUUUGUCUGCCUGAAGUUCUUGGUACUCUUCAGCCCUGACGUGAAGAACCUGGAAAACCGCCCCUUUGUCGAGACCAUUCAGGAGAAGGUGAACAGGGCUCUGAUGGACUACACAAUGUGCUUCCCACAGCAAGCUGACCAGUUUGGACAACUACUCCUCAGGCUCCCUGAAAUACGAGCCAUCAGCAUGCAAGCUGAAGAAUACCUCUACCUCAAGCAUUUGAAUGGAGAUGUCCCUUGUAACAACCUGCUGAUUGAAAUGCUCCACGCUAAGCACGUCUAAUGUGGGAAAACAUGGAUCUUACACAAGAGGGAGCCACUGCCUGAGGAUUUUUUUUUCGGAUUCAAGAUCAUCUGAUAGAGGGAGGAGUAUAUCAAAUGAGCUUAGCGCACUUACAACCAGAGAGAAAGGAAGAGCCAAGCUCUUCAAUAAACAUUUUCUUGAAUGGAUUACACUUUCCUCUGGGGCCCAUUUUUCUUUUCACCAACCCAUCCUAAGUGUCCCAGGUGUGACUGAGAAUGGGACACAAUGGAAAAUGUGAUCCACACUUGUUGUACAGUUCCACUUCCAGUCGAUGUUGUUCAAUCACCUCUCAAAGGAUAUCCAAGUCAAAAACAAGAUAGUUGCAGCUUUGUAAGUAGUUUGGCAGAACGAUGCUGCCAUUGGCACCCAUAAAGGUGGCAAUUAGCGGAGGUGGAAGGAAUGAGGGAUUAUAAUUCCACGUUUCUGCUUUGUUGCAAUCCCCUUCGUUGCAGCUGGUAUCCCAUGAGUGAAGAGGGGGCACAGAAGCAAAUGUGGUGUCGAAGUGACAAAGGUCAGCCCUUGAACAUCAAAGAUGGUGGACUGUACGCCAGCCUCCUUCAUCGAAAGGGGAUAAAGUCGCUAUUGCAGGCUGCUGCUUGUCAACCCAACAAAACACCAACUCUUAGACCUGAGACUUUUGUUGUCCCAACCCAGAAAGUACAGCUCUACACCAAGCAAGUUAAUGGACCAGUCCUGGUCUCAUUCUGAUGGAGCUGCCAGACAUGCUUUGAUAGAGAAGAGUACCGAGCUGAUCAGAUGUCUUGUGGCACUUGCUAUCCCAGGACAGAGUGCACUGACAGGGGUGACACUAUGGUGUCUGUAAGAGGUAGCAGCUGAAGAAGGGAGAGGAGGAAAUUAUUAUAGUUAUAGAAUCAUACAGCGUGGAAACAGACCUUUCGGUCCAACCAG